CUGCCAUAGCUCUUUCUUUCAGAGCUUCCUGCAUGCUUUAUGAAAUGUACAUCAAACAUGAGCUGGUCUCCUGGUCUGCUGAAAAGUCAUUGUGAAGAGGAGUGGUCAGGGACGCGGAUCAUGAUGCACUUUUAGAUUCGACGUCGCCUACGCAGCGCAGCAACAUCGCAGAGCCUCUCGUGCGGUUGAUUCCCGAAGUUGGUGUCCAGCGGGCGAUGAUUCGCAUCUGAUUGUUGCCUAACUAUCCGGAGAGGACUGCAGACGAGCGAGCGCUGCAUUGUGGCAACCGAGACGCUGAUUCCUGCCCGAUCAUUGCGCAAUCCGCUCUCCCCAAAAUGUCAUCUCAUGCGAAAGUCAAGAAGGACAAAGAGAUUAUUGCCGAGUAUGAGACACAAGUGAAAGAGAUCCGUAACCAGCUGGUGGAGCAGUUCCGUUGUCUGGAGCAGCAGUCUGAGUCCCGGCUGCAACUGCUGCAGGACCUGCAGGAGUUCUUCCGUCGAAAGGCCGAGCUCCAACUAGAGUACUCCAGAGGCCUGGACAAACUGGCCGAGCGCUACUCUGCUAAGAUCCGUACCUCAAGAGAGCACCAUCACUUCAAAAAGGACCAGAAUCUCCUUUCCACUGUUAACUGCUGGUAUUUGGUCUUGGACCAGACUAGGCGGGAGAGCAGAGACCAUGCCACCCUCAGCGACAUCUACAACAACAACGUCAUUGUCCGUCUCGCACACGUGGGCGAGGAUGUCAUCAGACUCUUCAAAAAGAGCAAAGACAUCGGGGUGCAGAUGCACGAGGAGUUAGUGAAAGUCACCAAUGAGCUCUACACUGUGAUGAAGACGUACCACAUGUACCAUACUGAGAGUCUCAGUGCUGAGAGCAAGCUGAAGGAGGCAGAGAAACAGGAAGAGAAGCACAUCGGCAAGGCCAAUGACAUUGGUUCCAGCCUGCUGCGGUACGGUCAUGAUGAACGGCCACAGCGACGGAGCUCCGUCAAAAAGAUGGAGAAAAUGAAGGAGAAGAGACAAGCCAAGUACUCUGAAAACAAGCUGAAAUGCACAAAAGCCCGGAACGACUAUCUUCUCAAUCUGGCAGCAUCCAAUGCCCUGGUUGCCAAAUACUACAUCCAUGAUGUCUCAGAAUUUAUCGAUUGUUGCGACUUAGGCUUCCAUGCGAGCCUGGCACGCACGUUGAGAACCUACCUGUCGGCAGAGUAUAGUCUGGAGACUUCUCGCCAUGAGGGUUUGGACUUGCUGGAGGGAGCGGUAGAUGCCAUGGACGUCAGAGGAGACAAGCUGAAGUUUAUGGACGCACACAGCCAGAUCUUCUGUCCUCCAGCACGCUUUGACUGUCAGCCACACAUGGGGGAUGAGGUGUGUCAGGUGAGUGCACAGCAGCCUGUCCAGACAGAGCUCCUGAUGCGCUACCACCAGCUGCAGUCUCGCCUGGCCACGCUGAGGAUAGAAAAUGAAGAGGUGAGGAAGACUCUUGACGCCACCAUGCAGACCCUUCAGGACAUGCUCACACUGGAGGACUUUGAUGUUUCGGAGGCCUUCCAGCACAGCCAUUCCACAGAGUCGGUCAAAUCGGCUUCCUCUGACUCCUACAUGAGCAAGGCAAACAUUGUGAAGAGACGAGCCAAUCAGCAUGAGACUGAGGGCUUCUACUUUACUAAAUACAAGGAGUACUUGAAUGGCAGCAAUCUCAUUAUCAAACUGCAAGCCAAGCAUGACCUUCUGAAGCAGACGCUCGGAGAAGGGGAGAGGGCUGGAUAUGGAACAACAAGGCCCCCCAUUCUUCCCCCUAAACCCCAGAGAAUGCGGAAGUCUAGACCUCGCUCGGUUUUUACCCGUAAGCUGUUUAACGGCAAUAUGGAGGCCUUCAUUCAGGACUCAGGACAGUCUAUACCAGCGGUGGUUGAGAGCUGCGUUCGAUACAUCAACCUAUAUGGUCUUCAGCAGCAAGGUAUAUUUAGAGUUCCAGGCUCCCAUGUCGAGGUCAACGAUAUAAAAAAUGCAUUUGAAAGAGGAGAGGAUCCACUGGUGGAUGACCAGUCCGAUCAUGACAUCAACUCUGUGGCAGGCGUUCUCAAGCUCUACUUCAGGGGGCUGGAAAACGCACUCUUUCCUAAAGAGCGUUACCUCGACCUCAUAUCCACAACCAAGCUUGACUCAGGCGCAGAAAGGGCUCAUCACCUUCAGCAGAUAAUUGUGACUCUCCAGCGGUCCGUGAUCAUCGUCAUGAGAUACCUAUUUGCAUUUCUAAAUCAUGUUUCUCAGUACAGUGAUGAGAACAUGAUGGACCCCUACAACCUGGCUAUUUGCUUUGGCCCCACGUUGAUGCCAAUACCAGAUGACCAAGACCCCGUGGCUUGCCAGGCGCAUGUGAACGAGAUCAUUAAGACCGUUAUCAUCCACCACGAGCUCAUCUUCCCGGCCCAGCGUGAGUUGGACGGACCUGUGUAUGAAAAGUGCAUGGCUGGUGGGGAAGAGUACUGUGAAAGCCCCCACAGUGAGCCAGGAACUCUUGACGAGGUAGACAAUGGCACUGGACCCAACACCAGCGACGAAGAGUUGGAGCAGAUCGAGGCCAUUGCAAAGUUCGACUAUGUGGGCCGAAGUCCGAGAGAGCUUUCCUUCAAGAAGGGAGCCUCUCUGCUACUCUACAUGCGAGCCUCUGAGGACUGGUGGGAGGGCCGACACAACGGCGUGGACGGGCUGAUCCCACAUCAGUACAUUGUGGUACAAGACAUGGAUGAUGCAUUCUCAGAUAGCAGGACUGAUGGUGCGGCCAACAGUGGACCCCACCACGAUGAAAGAGCGUCGUCCAGAAAUGACCGCCGAUCUCCAUGUGAACACACACCUGAACGGCAAUUUGGAGCAGCACUAGGAAGAUUGAGGGUGCGAUCAGAUGGAGCUGCAGCUCCGCGCCACAGGAACGGCGCCGACAGUCACAGCCCCACCAGGGGUGCAGACCAGCCCCCUCGGGUUAUGCCUCGGCCCUGCAGCCCUCACAAAGUAGCAGUUAGCAAGGGCCCAGCAGACAGUCCGGAGAAACGGCGUCUCGCUGCAUUUGGCAGUGCCGGCUGCAUCAACCACUCCGACAGAAAGGCCUUCGUGGAAAGCCACUCUCAGCGGUCUUCACCCAGCACCACUCGGCACGCAAGUUUAGGAGAUCACAAAACUCUUGAGGCUGAAGCACUCGCUGAAGACAUAGAGAAAACAAUGAAUACAGCUCUCCACGAGUUGCGUGAGCUGGAGCGACAGAAUGUAGCCAAACAUACCCCUGAUGUUGUUUUGGACACAUUGGAGCCCCUCAAACACCCCAGUGGAGCCCAGGAGCCACCUGGCAGCCCUCUCCACACCAUGGUGAUCAGGGAUCCAGACGCAGUCCAGCGGCGUAGCAGCAGCACCUCCUCCGAGACCAUGAGCACUUUUAAACCUGCUAUAUCAGCACGUAGGCCGAGUGCCCCGCUAAGGCCCCCACCUGUCAGACCUGUCCGGCCCGCUCCUGUGAUUGGACAGGGCCAGGGACCACACCGCUCCAGCAGCUCUAGCUCCUCUGGUCUGGGCAGUCCAGGUAUCACACCCACCGACAGGGUCUUUCCCAAACCACCUUCUCCAUCACCAUCCACCUCCUCCUCAUCCUCAGACAAACAAGGUAACAUGUAGAAGUUGAAGAACACUGUGGGUAACCAGGUGAUUGUGAUUACCAUCAUGCCCCUGCACCUCUUUUCGACCACAAAACAAAUAUUGACACGUGGUCAGUAUAAUCUUCCGAGGUGUAGGAUGGCUACUUCUGGUUUCUGACAACUGUGCUCCCACACAUUAACUUGUUGGUGAACAAGUAUAUGUACUGCAUUACAAUAUUACACAGAAAUAGCAUAUACAUCUUCUAGAAUAAUUGUAUAGAAUGUUAACGUGCUAAACAGCCAUGCUGUAUAAAAAAGGGAUGCACUGGAAGAUGCUUCUGUUUACUGAAAUCUGACAUUGAAAAUCAAAUUUUAUGAGGUUACAAAAAUGCUGUGAGCUUGGAUCAUGUCUGGUUUUAUGUUCCAUUAUAAGGGGACACUUAUGGUGAUAUUACACCACUCAUUAUCUAGACAUCCAGUUUGUGCUGCUGGUUGAUGUUUUCUAUUAAAACUACUAAAUUCCACUUUCCUUAGAGAGCCUGUCACGCGUUGGCAAUAUAUACCAACGAGCAAGAAACAGCUUUAACAACUGGCAGAUAUGAUGGCUGUGUCUAAAAUCACUCUCCAUUUACUAUGUCGAGUACUAUAUUAACUGAUCCACAUUUUAUUUCAGCGUCUAAACUCUGCGUGGUAAAUGUACAUCGAAUGUCUGGCGUGCCCUUAAAAAAUAUAUAAUAAUGGAAUGAAAGAAAUUAGUGUGCAUGGCAUGUUAAGUCUUUUCUUCCAACAAUCCCACGUGUCACUUUUUAUCGAUGAGAACAUUUGAGUUUUACACUACGUCUGUUGGUGAUAACAAACUGAUGCUGAUUGUGUGGGACAUAUUUAUUGUUCAUUACAGAGUAAACUGUUCUGUUUCAUGGGGAGACGUGAGAGAGGAUGAAUUUAGACACAGCCAUGAAUGUUUAGUAAAACCAGGGUAGUCAAAGUUCUUCUAAUGGCCAGUUAAUGCUGUCUGAGGAAAUUACGUCCUUAUUAGAGCCAUUGGGAAUCAAAGUAUUACAAAACUAAUUGUGUCAGGCGCAGUGCUUGCUACACCCCAACACAAAUCCAACCUAAGGAUACUGGGUGCAAAAGUCUAAACGCAGACAACACCAACUAUGAAUGGGAUUUAAUUGUUCUCAAAAACAUAUUUUUUUAUUUGAUCAUUUCCAAAAGUACUACAUUAUACAAAAAAAUUACACAUACAGUAAUGGCUUUAAAAUAAAUUAAAAUAUCCCCAAACUUUUCUCUUGAAAUGCUAAAUUAUAAUUUUUUCCACAAGACCGUUCCGAAGAAACCGUCCCAGUACAACUUACCAAGCAGCAUUUACUUUGUUAUCAGAACAAGUGGUGCUGCAGCAGUCUGGUCACAUAGGGACCAGUCUGACCAGCAGGGGCAGUGAUGUCAUCACGAGCUAAUAGCCUGGGAACGACCAGGUUAACUGGUAGCAUUCCAGCAGUACAAUCAUCAACAACCUGAGACUCUGCCUCUCUUUGUUGCAUUUUCAAGGCAGUGGACCAGGACUAAUACAAGCUCUUCCUGACUGAUAUUUGAUAAUAAAUGCUGCAUGCAAGCUGUUCCAAAAAUUACAUUUAUUUCAGCCCAAACUAUAUUUUUGAUUCAUCUCAUAACAGGUCAGUGGGCGACAGAAGUAGACCAGGCUGCAGGGCUCCACAGUUACACAUAAAACAUUGACAGCUAUUGUGGAUUUUAUAGACAUGCCAUCCUUAUAACUAAUACACAGAAAUAAAGAAUACAAUCAGAAACAUGUUCUUAUGAAAAUAGUAAUCUCGACAUAAAAAGAUUACAUGUGUUACCUCAAUGAACAAGGGACAUGUUCCCCUACAAUUCAAGUGAAUAAUGCACUUAGAAUCACGACAAGGAACUGCACUGCAUUUGUAGGUUCUGUGUGUUCAUCUGGAUGACGCUGUACUAGAAACAUGAUAUAGCACAUCAAUAUCAUUGAAGCUUACAUUAUGUCUACAUUGCAUUUGGUCAUUUGAGGCUGUGUGGGUGUUUAGAUGAAUUUGCUUACUGUUGAUGUUUUUUGUCUGUCUUAAAAGGAUAAUCAAUAUAUCUUAAACUGUAGAAGGUACAUUUGAUCGAAUAUAUAUUAUACUGUUAAAGGAUACUUGUAUAAAUAACAUUGUAUGAUAGGAACAGGAUAUAUUAUCAUGUCUAGUCUGUAGAUUUUUGUUACUCUUAUCCUUGCACAAACAUUAACAAAAGAAUAAAUCAGUGAAACCUUACAGAAA